AUGGCUACUCCUAUUUCUUCGAAAUCACUGCUUUCUUGUGUUAUCUAUUCUUUUCUUCUUCUUUAUCCUUUUUGCUCUUUGAAGAAGGACAAUGCUGUUGAAGGAACGAAAGCCUAUUUUCAUACUCUCAAAAUCAAUUCUCUCCCCCUAUUGGACGUCUGCAAGGAAUCUUCCAAAGGUGCUUCAGCUUUCAACAAAGGUUCAUCAUCGCUAAAAGUGGUACACAAGUAUGGUCCAUGCAAUCGACACAAAAAAUCAAUUCCUCCGCCCUCCUUCACCGAAAUCCUCCGUCCAGACAAGCUUCGAGUGGACUCGAUUAUUCAGGCCAGGCGUUUGAUGAACUUGGUUGGCAAUGUUGCGCCCUUGAAGAGGAGUACGGUCCCGGUCCAUGGUCUAUCCAAAACCAGUGCAAGUGACUAUGUUGUCAAUGUUGGUUUGGGCACGCCAAAGAAGGAAUGUCCACUCGUAUUUGACACAGGCAGUGGCCUCAUUUGGACUCAAUGUAAGCCAUGCAAGCCUUGCUCUCGAAAGGCACCAGUGUUUGAUCCAACCAAAUCAACCUCAUUCAAAGGCAUUCCAUGUUCCUCAAAGCAGUGCCAAAGAAUCGAACAAGAAGGUGAAGAAAAUUCGGGUAUAUUUGGACUGAACCGCGAACCAAUAUCUUUUCCAUCCCAAACUGCUGACAAAUACAACAAACUCUUCUCUUAUUGUAUACCAUCAACUCCCGGCUCAGCUGGUUACCUUACUUUCGGCAGUAAAGUUUCGAAGGAUGUGAAAUUUUCUCACGUAUCCAAAAGAGCACUAUCUUCAGACUACGACAUCGAAAUGACUGGAAUUAGUGUCGGAGACCGUAAAAUAUUGAUAGAUGCAUCGGUUUUCAGGAUUCGUUGCACCAUUGACUCUGGUGCAGUGAAUUAUAAGACGGUGACAAUACCUGCGGUUAGUGUGUUCUUCAAAGGUGAGGUUGAGGUGGAUAUCGAUGUGUCGGGGAUCAUGGUCAGGGUUGACGAGUCCAAGUUGUACUGCUUGGCGUUUGCAGCACUGGACGAGGAAUAUGCAAUCCUUGGGAAUACUCAGCAACGGACUCACACAGUCUUCUUUGAUGGUGCAAAAGAAAGGAUUGGAUUUGCCUCUGGUGGCUGUGACUAA